AUUCAGUGUUUACUAUAAAAUCGAACGAAAACGAACGAAUCUCGACGUCGCGGGGAAAAUCGACCAGUUCAUCAAUCUGCGCGUCAUAACAAUAUAUAGCAACGGACGGUGGCACUAGAUCGAACGAAUAAAUAUAACGAAUCUUGUGUCUAAAUGCCACCAGCGACCAGAAGUGGGGAUUUUUUUUUUCGGUGAACAGUGUGUUAGGGAAAGUGCUAUGAACCCGAACGAAGCAAAGGUUGACUGCGACCAAUUAUCGCAGACAUUACAUCAGGAAACGACAUCCCGCAGCAGUGUUCAAUUGUGAUUACACGAGCUUCAUUCACUUUCGAAAUUACAUGUGCUGAAGUCAGUGCCAAGAGUGAAGGGACAUGUAGGGCUUGUAUGUUCUACGGAAGAAUCAACCAUAUGUUGUGACGACGCAGACGACGACAACGUGCCACGGUUGACCUAUUUAUGACAGCCGAGGGAACCUUGAAGAGACAAAUCCGUGUGCAUCUUGUCGUCUCACACGGAUUUUUAGUGCGGCAUUAUUGUAACCCAUUCCGAAGAGCUUUCUUUCUGUCUGCACGGUGCUUCAUAAUAACGCUCUGUAGCUGAAGUGAUUUUCGAUUCCACAAAGACGGUGGUGACAUAGAGUGAAACUGACGGAUGUCUAGAUGAUUGUGGAACAUGCCUGUUUUGCGAGGAAGAAAUGCUCGACAUUGAAUUUGAAGUUUAUUAAAGUGAUUGUUCUACAUUGUUGGAGUCAUGACUAGCAGUUCGACUUCGGUUCCACCGGAGAUUACGGCCGAGUGGACAGUGCAUGCGCAGCUAACCUUGUCACACCAGGGGAGCAGUGCCACCAGUGACCAGAAGAAACCCGAAGGCGAAUCUAAUCCAGUGGCCAAUAGUAAUUCCGUUGGUGCAGGUGCAAGUGAUUCACCCAAAUCCAGCCCAAAGCUGCCACAACCUGUGAAGGUGAUCUAUAAAUUUAGUGCUCCCCAUGGAACGGAUGGAGUCGGCGGUAAUUAUUCUCCGGCGGCAGGUGACGGUGGGGGUGUGACAUUCAAACAGGAUGGUUCGACUAUUUUUACCGCCACGGCUGCUGACCAGACGAAAACGGCGACUUCGGCCAGUACAGCAGCAAAGUCGUCUGCACAGAGUCCAAGCGACGAGACCUCCAAAACAGUCCCAGGCGGACAAGAUGCACCAAAAUCCUUAAAUCUGCUAGCCCCGCCACAAACUCUGACUGCCUUCGCAACGUCGCCACUAUUCCCGAAAUGCACCAGUACCUGUAGUAUAGUGUUAACGGCGGAUCUCCUGCCAACCGGUGUUGGAGGAAUCCACGAGCCCACCAUUAGCGUGAACAAGUAUGCCACCACCAACAAUGUGUUCAACACGACGACGGCCGACAAGUACACCUGCUUUCCGGAAAAGUCGCUUGACGGAUCGAAGAUCUACGAAGCCAAAGACGUCAGCUGCCAGACGAGUGACAUUGAGCUGUCCAAAGACAAAACCGUUCAAACCAGUGGCGAUGAUCUGCGGAGUGUGUCGCGGAAGGCUGCCGAAGCACUACUGUCGCCGGUUACGACUCGCCGAGAAGAAAAAUACGGCUCUUUACCUCGCAAGUCCCCCCUUUCUCCGGCGAACAUUCUCUCCCCGAGCAAUACACUCCAAUCGCAGCGUUCGAGCGUCAAGGACAGCAAGAAGAAGCCCCGAACGGUACACAUCGAUGUGUACUGCACGGGAUCGGAUGCCGAGUCUUCUUCGUCGUCAGAUGAGUCGUCGGUCCGAUCCGCAUCACCAUCGUCGGCAUCGGGAAGUCGUUUCGACACCAGCCAUGUAGCGGAGCUGAAGGCCAACUCCAAUGUGUCUCAUCCGACUGUGUUCGAGUCGGAGGAGAUGAAACUGCGGCACAAAAGAGCCGGAAAGCAUGAGGUUCCGCGACGGAUGAUUCAGCAGACCGCUGUUGAUCAGAAUACCUUAUCCACCGUAGGGAGUUUGAAGAAAACCGAUUCGCAGGGUAGAAAAAGUGUGAAGCGGAGCAAUACGAAGGAUGAAAUCAGCGAAUCCAAGCAAAUGCUGUUCAACAAGAUCCUCGGUGAACCGAAAGAAGCGGUGACCUAUGCCAAUCUGGAGUACCUGGAGCGCGAUCCGAGUGAUGAUAACAUAAGCUCGAACUAUCCGUUUUCGGUUCAUUCGGCGAAACGAGAUGUCACGGGAAGCAGUUUAUCGAGUGCUCUCGCUUCAGCCGGCCUGGACGAAGUGGGCGAUCUGGAAGAAUCGGCGAAUCUGAAUCGAAGCCGUACGAAUGUCACGCAUUCGGACAGUUUUGAAUACGCCAACAGUGAAGAUCGCUACCGAAUCCACCAGAUGGAGCGAGUGUGGGGUGAUCAGACGUGGAAGUCUCCUUCGGUGGAACGAAAACUGCUGGAGAUACACAACCCGAAGUAUCGUCGCCAUAGCGAGUCGGACAACAAUUUGUCCGAGUCCGAUCACAGCUUCGUGUUCGAUAGUCCAUCCCGUCCGAACGAAUCGGUUCACUCGCAAAACGAAUACAGCGAUUCUAGUCCUUCUACGGUGAAGAGCAACUCGAACCGGGCACAGUCGAACGUAGACGCGUCCAAACGAAUGCUUCAGCAAGCUUUGCUGACUGCGAACGGCUCGUCGACGUUUCCUCCAAGGACGUUGUCCCCGAUAGAAGGCUACACCAGCGAAUAUUUCGCCUUGGCUAGACGAUUCGGUAGCUUGAUCAGCGGUAAACGGAAACCGGGCGUCCACAUGGGACCGGUUCGGAAUCCGGAAUGUCAGUGCGAACACUGCCUUCGAUGGAUGCGGCAGAGGGAUGGUAGCCUUCGGGAGCGAGCCAUGUCCGUCGAUGAUACGCCGUCCAACAUUGUGGACAUGCGAAAGAAACUUCACCUGCGAAACCAAAUGAAAUUGUAGGAAAUGGAAGAGUGCUUUUCGGUCGCCUUGUAAAUAUUGCUUUUAGAAAUGCAUUUGCUUUUUUCAUUGUUUAAGUUUCUCAUCUCGAUUUCAAUUGCCAUUAUGCAGCAUUUAGUUGUAAGAAUACAUAAGGUAAACGGAAUGAAUUGUACAGUCAGUUGCGCAGAUGAAUACAGAAGUAGAUUUCA